ACGCGGUUACAGGUGGGGCGGCACGAGCUUGCGGGAAGGGGGCAGUACAAACCCGCCCUGCCCGCGUCGCCGCCAGACUUAGCACGAGGCCGAGGGAGGAGAGCAGGGGGCGGCGGGCAGGUGCAGUGCAGGCCGUGCCUGACUAUUCAUAGUCGGGUUCUUGGAAGGGGCCGAGCCCGAGGGAGCAGUUUUGGGAGGGCGACUGGGAGGGGGUAGCGGGGCCCCGCUCCCGCCCUUUGUUUGGGCUCCGCUCCUCCGGCUGCAUCGUCGUCGCCUAGCAACAGCCGUUCUGAACUGCGAUUGGUUGCGCUCUUGGCAGCAGAGACCAAUGGCACGGUUGUUGCCAUGGCAGGUGCGGACUGCCAAGCUCAGUCCGGCCCCGCCCGCCGGGGCUCCGCCGACCGGGGCGGGCCUCCAGGGUGGGGGGCGGGACGCCUGGGUCCCCAGGGGCGGGUGGCUGUGCGGGGCGGGGCCGGCGGGGCGAGGGUUAACCCGCCCCUCCCCCGUCCACCUGCUUUCCCCCUUCCCCCGCGUGCCCCGGGCUGACCCUCGUUCCCUCUCCUCCCCGCCCCCGGCGGCGGCGGCUGCUGUUGUCACCCACCGGGCCGCCUGUCCCGCUUGCCCUCCCCGCCGCGGGGCUUGCCGGGCCGGCCGGGCCGGGACAGGCGGCCGUCUCCUCUCUGCAGCCACCGCCGCCAUGCUGGCCGCUCGCCCACCCCACUGGGGGCCCCACCGCGCCCCAGCCCCCCGUGGGCCCCGCGCCAGCCCUGACCCGGGUCUCAGCGGCGGUGGCAGCCGAGGUGCAGGAUGCGAGAAGGCGCCCCCCGGCCGGGCUCCCGCUCCAGGCCUCGCUCCCCUGCGGCCCUCUGAGCCCACCAUGGCCGUUCCACCAGGCCAUGGUCCCUUCUCUGGCUUCCCGGGGCCCCAGGAGCACACGCAGGUAUUGCCUGAUGUGCGGCUCUUGCCACGGAGGCUGCCCCUGGCCUUCCGGGACGCGACCUCAGCUCCGCUGCGCAAACUCUCCGUGGACCUCAUCAAGACCUACAAGCACAUCAAUGAGGUAUACUAUGCGAAGAAGAAGCGGCGGGCCCAGCAGGCACCACCUCAGGACUCGAGCACCAAGAAGGAGAAGAAGGUCCUGAAUCAUGGUUAUGAUGACGACAACCACGACUACAUUGUGCGCAGCGGCGAGCGCUGGCUGGAGCGCUACGAGAUUGACUCACUCAUCGGCAAAGGCUCCUUUGGCCAGGUGGUGAAAGCCUAUGAUCAUCAGACCCAGGAGCUGGUGGCCAUCAAGAUCAUCAAGAACAAAAAGGCCUUCCUGAACCAGGCCCAGAUUGAGCUGCGGCUGCUGGAGCUGAUGAACCAGCACGACACGGAGAUGAAGUACUACAUAGUGCACCUGAAACGGCACUUCAUGUUCCGGAACCACCUGUGCCUGGUGUUCGAGCUGCUUUCCUACAACCUGUACGACCUCCUGCGCAACACGCACUUCCGCGGCGUCUCACUGAACCUGACACGGAAGCUGGCGCAGCAGCUCUGCACAGCGCUGCUCUUCCUGGCCACGCCUGAGCUCAGCAUCAUUCACUGCGACCUCAAGCCUGAGAACAUCCUGCUCUGCAACCCCAAGCGCAGCGCCAUCAAGAUCGUGGACUUUGGCAGCUCCUGCCAGCUUGGCCAGCGGAUCUAUCAGUACAUCCAGAGCCGCUUCUACCGGUCGCCUGAGGUGCUCCUGGGUACACCCUACGAUCUGGCCAUUGACAUGUGGUCCCUGGGCUGCAUCCUGGUGGAGAUGCACACCGGAGAGCCCCUCUUCAGUGGCUCCAAUGAGGUGGACCAGAUGAACCGGAUAGUGGAGGUGCUGGGCAUCCCACCAGCCCCCAUGCUGGACCAGGCACCCAAGGCUCGCAAGUACUUUGAACGGCUGCCUGGGGGUGGCUGGACCCUACGAAGGACAAAGGAACUCAGGAAGGAUUACCAGGGCCCCGGGACACGGCGGCUGCAGGAGGUGCUGGGCGUGCAGACGGGCGGGCCCGGGGGCCGGCGGGCGGGGGAGCCGGGCCACAGCCCCGCCGACUACCUCCGCUUCCAGGACCUGGUGCUGCGCAUGCUGGAGUAUGAGCCCGCCGCCCGUAUCAGCCCACUGGGGGCUCUGCAGCACGGCUUCUUCCGCCGCACGGCUGAUGAGGCCACCAACACGGGCCCGGCAGGCAGCAGUGCCUCCACCUCGCCCGCACCCCUUGACACCUGUCCCUCCUCCAGCACCGCCAGCUCCAUCUCCAGCUCUGGAGGCUCCAGUGGCUCCUCCAGUGACAACCGGACCUACCGAUACAGCAACCGAUAUUGUGGGGGCCCUGGGCCCCCCAUCACUGACUGUGAGAUGAACAGCCCCCAGGUCCCACCCUCCCAGCCGCUGCGCCCCUGGGCAGGAGGUGAUGUGCUCCACAAGACACAUCAGGCCCCUGCCUCCGCCUCGUCACUGCCAGGGGCCGGGGCCCAGUUAUCCCCACAACCCCGAUGCCUUGGCCGUCCCCCGUCACCAACCUCACCACCACCCCCGGAGCUGAUGGAUGUGAGCCUGGUGGGCGGCCCUCCAGACUGCUCCCCACCUCACCCAGCGCCUGCCCCCCAGCACCCGGCUGCCUCAGCCCUCCGGACUCGGAUGACAGGAGGUCGUCCACCCCUCCCACCCCCUGAUAACCCUGCCACUCUGGGGCCUCGCUUGGGCCUCCGUGGUGUACCCCAGAGCACGGCAGCCAGCUCAUGACCCAGCCCCCUCCCUGGGGCCCCUCCUGAAGCCAUACCCCCCAUCUGGGGGCCCUGGGCUCCCAUCCUCAUCUCUCCCCUUGACUGGAAUUGCUGCUACCCAGCUGGGGUGGGUGAGGCCUGCACUGAUUGGGGCCUGGGGCAGGGGGUCAAGGAGAGGGGUCUAGGCGCACCCUCCCCAUAAGGACUGGACCCUUAGCCCCCUCUCCCGCCCCUUGUUUUCUAUUUAUUGUACCAAAGACAGUGGUGGUCCGGUGUCGGGGGGAGACCCCCUUCACCCUCGGGCCCUAGGAGGGGGUGGGGGCAGGUAGGGGGAGAUGGCCUUGCUCCUCCUUGCUGUACCCCCCAGUAAAGAGCUUUCUCACAUGCCUGCCUGAGCGUUUGCAGGGCCUCGGCUCCCUCACCUGGCCCUCAGAGGCGUGGUGGGGAAUGGUGUUUGGGGAGGGGGUACCAGAAGAGCUUUGUCAUGUGGGAUGCGUCCCUGGGGAAGUUAUGGCUGUUGGCGCAGACAUGGUGCUGCAGAAGGUCCGGGGCUACGGAAUCCUAGACAGAGAUCCUGGAUGGGAUCCUAGCCCACGUUUGUCUUUUCCAUGGUAAACAGAGACCCUGAAAGAGUAAAGGCCCAGUUCUGGCCUGUCUCUGGAAAAUAUCAGGAUCUGCCCUAAUAAGCCAGGGCUUCCACAGAGUCUGCAGGGGCGUGGCUCUUUAUGCCAGGCAGGCAUCUAGCAGGUGCUGAAUGCAUGUAGCAGGCCUUACUGGUGCCAUCCGGGGGAUGGCAGGCAGGCAGUGGGUACAGACUUUAUCCCCAACGUCUGGUCUCACCCUGUGGAGCCAUGACGGAGAAAAGCAUUUUGAGAUUCUCGGGCAGAAAGAUAUACCCGGGGUUCCAGGUAAGUGGGUCUCUUUCCAUAGCAAUCUGGAAACUUUUGUCUCCCAACUGGCCAAACAAGAGCCUCCUGAUUCGAAGGUACCUACCAUCUCCCGCCACUGGGGCGCGGUGCUUCCUGGGAAAUGGAGUUCUACGUAGCAGUCCCUUUUCCCGUUUUUCGUCAGAGGACUACAAAGACCAGGAUUCUUUUCGCUCACGCGUUAGGGACGGGCUCCCGGGAGGCCAAUAGGCAUUCAGAGACAGAUGGGUGUGCCCGGAUGCUUUGAGGCGGGCUAUGGGGGAGAAGAAGGCCGUGAUUGGGUAGCGUCGGCAAGGCUGUGCGCGAGUGUUGAGCUCUUUGAGGCGUGCGGCUGGUGGGCGAAGGUGCUGCUUCGCGAGACCGUGCAGGUUAGGUGUCUGUGGUCACAGAGCAAGAGGUAGGCGCUGAGGCCCAAAGCGGCCCUAACGCGCGGAGCAUCACUAGCCGUGGUGUCCGUCUCAGCUCGCAGGAAGCCCCGGUUGGUAGGAGAGCCAGGCGAUGACGCGAGGAGAGCGGAUGUUCUGGAAAGGGGGCAGAGUGUGACGUGGAGGGAACCCAGGCGAGGCACCGGUGGGGAAGCAUUCUGGGAGGAGCAGGAGCUGUCGGCGCUGAGACCUGGAGACAGGAUGUUUGCGGUGGCCGUGGUGCGGUGGUUUGCGCACAGGCAGCGAUGAGAAGCAGCCUGUUGUGUGAAUGUGAACUGCGGGACAUGUAGUGUAGGAGAUCUAAUGGGAAGUUCUGUGUGAAUUCGAUCGCGGAAGAUAUUGUUGGCCAUUUAGGGAGCUUAGGCUUUGUUCUAAGGGCAUUGAGGAGCCACGGGAGGAUUUGUAGAAGGGAAGGGGCAUGGCCCAUUUACUGCCAUCGAGGAAUAGAUUGAUGGGAAAGAGACUAGGGUCUGGGAGCCCAGGGUGGUGGUUGUGGCAACAUCCUGGGCAAAAGGUGUUGGGAAUGAACCAGGGCGGGAGUCUUGGUUGGGACAGAAGAAAGGGUAUGUGUAGGAGAGAUGUCUAGAAGGCUGAGCUGACAGGAUAUAUGGCUUACAGGCUGUGUGGAAAGGGGAGGUAGAGAGGGGCAGGGAAAAAGUUAUCUCCAGCAGGUCGAAGAGAGCCUGGCGUAUGGUAGAUGCUUAAUU